AGAGAGAGAAAUAGAGAGAGAGAUAGAGAGAGAGAGAUAGAGAGAGAGAGAGAGAGAGAGAGAGAGAGAGAGAGAGAGAGAGAGAGAGAGAGAGAGAGAGAGAGAUUACGACAGUCUGACGGCAUUUCUUCCCUGGUGGCCUCUUCGUCGCCUGAGUUCCCUAGAGCCCCGCCUCUCAGAGAGAGAGAGAGAGAGAGAGAGAGAGAGAGAGAGAGAGAGAGAGAGAGAGAGAGGGAUGCAGUCUCUAAUCUUCCAAUACCCAUGGCAGAGAUCACAGACCACACCAUCACCUUGAUAGGGAAUUUUACUCGCCAGUCGUUGCUGGCUAGUCUUAGCACCUUGCAGAAACAAGUCCACUUCAUUCAGAUCCUUCCCUUUACCCAUGGUGCUUCAGUAGGCAGUCUUGAGUCGAUUUGCACGGUAGAAGGGUUAGAUUUAGUCAAUGGUAGCAGUGCAUGUACAUUCGCGUGUUAUGAGAAAACAGCUGGAAACCGGAAGUCUGGGAACAGUGUUAAAGGUCAGAUAUCAGUUGUGACACUUGAGAGAGAGAGAGAGAGAGAGAGAGAGAGAGAGAGAGAGAGAGAGAGAAAGGAGGUCAGAGCCAAGACCCUCCCAGAGAUACCGACAUCAACCUGCAGAAGUGCCACGUCCGCCGCCCCUGGGGAUAACGGAGACCCUUCCUCAAUCGGUCAAGGUGAAGGAGAGUCCUAUGUAGUACGUGUCCCAAAGGUCAAAGCAUCUCGCAGAAUAUUCGUCAACGCCAUCCACGUCUACUAG